GAAACACAUUCGAUGCCGUCUUAUUACUGAACAGCGCAGCGCUUUAGUGCUGGAAGUCGAUAACUCAUUAUAUUUCACAGACCCUAAGGUGCGAAGCCAAGAGGCGUUUGAAGCAACGUGCGGAGCACACGGGCCUCUGAGCUGUUGUUCAAAUGCAGAUAUAAAUGAAGGGGUGCGCUCGUGGGCGUCUGCUGUCUUAGGAGACAGAGAAAUAAAUAGAGAUGUAGAUAGAGACUUAGAGCUUAGUCUAGAUAGAGGUAGAAGCAGAGAUAGAGAUAUAGAUACAGAUAGAUAUAUUGAUAUAGAUGUUGAUGUUGAUUGCUAUAAAGAUACAGAUUUAGAUAGAAAUACAGACAGAGACAGAGACAGAGACAGCAGCUACCCUUGGGCGUGGGCCGAUCCUACAGCAGCAAAUACUGCAGCGGCAGCAGCAGCAGCAGGAGCUGCAGCAGGAGCUGCAGCAGGAGCUGCAGCAGAAGGAGCAGCAGAAGGAGCAGCAGAAGCAGCAGCAGCAGGAGCAGCAGCAGGAGCGGUUACAAUCGCUGCUGCUGCUGCUGCUGCUGCUGCUGAAGAUGUUGGUGGCGGAGUUGAGUACGAUGAAGACGUCAUGCGAUUUGCCUACAUCAGCCAAGUGCGGCGUAUGUACCCUUCUUACGAAACAGAUUCUCUUGCAGAGAAGCUGGCGGCCUCCUUCGCGCUCGCUCAAUCAAUUAGACUCAGUGUCUAUGAGUCGCUAAUAAACUUCACAAUUGCUCGCGUGCGCACCAUCCCUGAGAGGAUGGCUUUGUAUGGAUCUGCUGAAGGAGAUGUAGAAAGAGCAUCUUCAUCAUCAUUUGUUUAUUAUUUUAAUAAAUUAAUUUGUCUUUCUUCUUCAAGAGUCUUCUCAACUGCUGCAAUUAUUAAACCUCCAGCCUGGAGCCGCCUAUGCGGAGAUCUCUUAGGCAAAAUUGUCGAUGUUAAUAUCGUUCAAGGUGCGUGUUAG